AUGGUUCAAAUUCUCCGUCUCUUGCCGCUUGUAGGCUUCGUCUCAGCCGCCAUGGCCGCCUGCCCUAUGGCCGAGCUCACGCGUCGCGGCAAUGUCCCCGCUGACAUCGCUGCGCGAUACCACGCUGGGCUCGGUCUUGGCGACCUCAGCGCCGACAAACGUGGCGAUGCUCCCGUUGAGCGUGCCCAAGCUCCUCCAGGCUCUCACAAUGACCAGCCUCCCCUUCUUGACCCCUUGAGCGGCAUCCUUUCGCCGCUUGGACUGGGCGGCCUGACUCCGCGCUCGGACGCCCUUCCUGAGCACCUCGAGAUGCAGCGUCGUCACAUCCUUGAACGUCUCAACGAGCGCGAUGAGGACGUCGACAUCGAUGCCAGGGUCCUCACCCCUAAAGCGCAGAAGCGCCACUUCGAAGAGCGCGGUCUCAUCGGAGGCCUUCUUCAACCUCUUCAGGGUCUCCUUGCUCACCUCGACAUUCCUGCUCCUUAUGAAACCGGACUUAAAGCCAUUCCUGGAAACGAUCCGGACCACCAGUACAAAGCUCCUGAUUCUACCGAAAAAAGAGGCCUCUGUCCCACGCUUAACACAUACAUUGACCGAUCUGGCAUCACCACUUUUGCUGAGGCCGCCAAUGCCAUCCAAGAGGCUUACUCGAUCUCUUUCGACCUGGCCGUCGGCUUGUCCGCCCUAGGUCUGCUGGCGGGUGGUGACAUCAUCACCGGCAAGUACAGCCUUGGUGGUCAAGACCCUCGUGUUCCCAACACCCUUGGCCCUGCGCUCGGCAUCAACAGGCACGGUCUGUUCGAGCUGGAUGGUUCCAUCAGCCGUAGCGAUGCUGGAUUCGGUGACAACCACUCCUUCAACCAGACCAAGUGGGAUGCUCUGGUGGAUGACACCAAGAAGUACGGUGGCGGUUUGUUCAACCUUGAGGCCUUCAAGCGUAAUGCUGCCACCCAGAUCGAGGCAAGCCGCAACACCAACCCAACGUACACCAACGGCCCAAACUUCUUUGUGAACUAUGCUACUCGUGCUUUGACUGCGCGUCCUCUGCCCAACGGUACAGCCCCAAACACUCCUGAUUACGCGAACGUAGCCCCAUUCUUCCUUGAAGAAAAGUUCCCCGAAAACUGGUUCAGAAUUCCCAACGCCUACUCGCUCGUCGACUUGCUUGGUGACGUGGCAUCUUUGCUUCUCUUCAAGCCUCAACCUCUCGGCGAGACCCACAACGGUCGCUUUGUGCCACUCGAGGUGAACGUGCCCACCCUACCAGAGGAUGUUGCUUGCUUCGCCUUCGCAGCACUCGUCGACGUUGCACCUGGUCAGGUGUCCGGUGGCAUCCAGGUGCUCAACGCCAUCAAGGACCAGCUUUUCGCUCCUCUCUUCAAGUCCGUCAAGUGCGACAUUGACGAGUUUAGCAAGCGUCAACAAGGAGGUAGUGGUAUCAAUGGCGGUCGCCGUUCGGUGACCAGCUAUUCCCGCGAGGCUUGAAGAGGUGGAUGGUGAUCGACUGGCAAGGUCUUCAGACUCGCCCUUUGCUGUGGCCAACCCUUUCCACGUCCCGCACACAGCCGCAGCGUGCUCCAACGGUUGCAUAAGCGCGCAUGCGCCUGCGACUCACGCGCGCGUGUGUAGGAGGAACGCGUCCGGACGGUGUUGGACAGCGUGAAUGAAGCACGGCAUGCUCGCUGAGACAAUCACAUCGAUCGACCGCAGCUCGUUCGUCCUCAACGCCAGAGCGCCAGCUUUCACGGUCGCGCCUUCACCUCCAAUCCUCUUUCACCUCUUUCGACUUGUCUCCAUUCAUAAAUAUGCCUUUUCGCAUGUAGCCCAGUGUACGCACUACUACCAUCACGCAUAGCCUCCUCAACUUUGCUUUCGGACCUUCGAGUCUAUUCUAAUUGAU